UCGAUAUAAUGUUUCGUUAUUUGAUGCAUAUUUAAGUUACCGUCUUGUCUCCAUUAUCUACUAAUUAUUUUAAGUGCCUUUACUUAAAAACCACAAUUUGUGACGCAAAGCUGCUUCAAUAGAAUCUUUUUUAGCAUCUUUAUAAUGGCGAGAAUGUUAUUACUGAUAGUUGCUGUAGGAUUAGCUGCAUCGUGUAAUGGAAAUCAUGAAUUCGAUUUUAACGUAGGGGUUCUAAAAAAAUUACUUAGGACAGAAGCAGAUUUGUUCGACAGACUCCUUUAUGAAAUUUUACAGCAACAAGAACAUUUGAAGACAAUAAGCAACGAAGAAGUAUUCUCAAAGGAACUAGAAGAUGCUGCAUAUAAGGCAAAUGAAUAUUCAUUAUCUGCCAAAACCACAAUCAGUAUGUUAACUAGUCUAGAAACUUUGUGGCUUAAAAUUGAUGACUAUAUGAAAGAUACUAAGAAAAUUAUUGGUCUCCAUAAUGUUACGUCUUCAGAGACAGGGUGUGAGCCCGAGUAUGAUUAUGAUGACUACGAAUCUGGGAUUUUUGAAAAUUCUGCACUAAAGUUAUGCAAUGGAAUGAUUUCCCAAUCUCCAGAUAUCGAAAAGCAUUUAAAAUGUCGAUUCGUUGAUUAUGGAAAUCCGUUUCUAAAAAUAGCACCAUUCAAACAGGAAGAUGUGUAUUUAGAUCCUUUCAUUGUCAUCUACCACAAUGUUCUUUCAGAUGCAGAAAUAGAAAUGCUCCAAGAAGAGGCCUACCCCGCGUUGGAUUCCUCUAGAGUUAUCUCAUAUAAACAAGGAAUACAUUCAUCAAAAAUGCGAGUUUCUGAAAAUGCUUGGCUUUUUGAUGACAUUGAUCCAAAAAUUAAGUCUGUAAACGAACGAGCAGGACAUAUGACAAAUUUGAAUAUUGGUACAUCAGAGCCUCUUCAAAUUGCAUACUAUAAACCUGGAGGAUACUUUAAUGAACACCAUGAUUUUUUCGAGGACGAGGAUUAUCAAAUUCUGAAUUCUAGUUCUGGAAAUCGAAUUGGAACACUAAUGUUUUACUUAAAUAAUGUUCAAGAAGGUGGCAGAACAAUUUUCACUGAUCUGAAUGUUUCAUUGACACCAAAAAAAGGAAAUGCUGUUUUUUGGUAUAAUAUUUCACCAAAUGGAUACUUGGACUAUUUUACCAUGCAUGCAGGAUGUCGUGUUGUUUCUGGAGUAAAAUGGGUCGCGAAUAAAUGGUUCAACGAACAUGGACAAGAAUUUCGUCGGCCUUGUUUGUUAGAAAAUGAUUACGAUGAGAAUAGAAAUGGUCUUUAAAGGAUCUUUCUUCAAUAAAGAAUUGUAUAUAAGUUUUUUUAUAUUUGGUUUUCCAGAGUAAAAAACUUUUAUUUAAAUUUAAUAAUUUAGGUUAUAUAUAUAGUAGAUUCUUAUCUCUUUAAUAAUUAUUUAGAAAAUAUACAAAAAUUAUAUGUCCUUUACAACUAUUAUCCUAAUCUUUAUGAGAAUAAUUUCUGAAAUCGGUAUUGUUAUUAAUAUCAGUCUGGAAAAUUAUAUUAUUGAUUAACUUAUU